GCCAUUUGUGCAACAUUACGCAUGCGCAUCAUCCCUCGGAAAGAACGAACCAGAAAGAUGAUAUCGAAAUGAACAUCACCGUAUUGCCAUGGCAACUCAGCAUCACAGUGGCCAACCAUACAUUGAGUAUUAAGUGGACUGAUACAACUGGAGCCGAAAGGUUAAAAGGAUCGAUCGUCCGGAUAAAUUACAGCUGUUGCUUCCAUGAUGUUCUUCUGCCGCCGUGUCUUGUUUUCAAGAUCGCUGGAUCAAGAUAUUAUUCUGUAGCAACCGAUGUUCUCAGGCAAUCAAAAUCAACGCCAUCUACGGCAGGGAAUAGGUUAGGAGUGAUCAGCGGUUCUGGCGAUAGUAUGACGUCAAUUUUCAAUACCUCGGCGACGCCAGGAGCACCCAUCGAAUUUGUGACGAGUAAUAUUACGAAUGCAACGACGGCGGACGGAAUGACGGCAUAUGAAGAACGUCUGGAGGUGAUCGUGACGGGGCUUUGUGUCGGUGUCGCCAUCCUUUUCGCAUUCUGGUUGGUUUGUUUUCUGGUAGAGAAACGAUCUCAAUCAAAAUAUAUGAAACGAGGAUCAGAUAAACAGAAUGUUUCCCAGACGAGACAGUAUCCACAUGAAGUAGCAACCGUCAGAAAAACACUCAUGGAGAUCUACGACAUGCCAAUGAUACGGGUAGCGAAUUCAGACGAGGAGGGGUCAGAGAGCGGGUCGGGUCAGUCGACGGGUUCCCGCGGUCGGAGUCGACUGGAAAGUGAAGGCGACGAACAGAACAGCUCGACCAAUAUUUCGUCAUCCGACCAGCCGACCGGUGCCGAUUCGUCGUCGUCGGAGGAUACGCUUCGUAAGAAGGAGACGAAGAAGAAAACGACGUUCGCUGAUCCGAAGGUACAUCUGGAUAUUCCGAAGGAAGGCACCCCUGAGAAGUUUGGUACGUGGCGCCCUGUAGCCAAGGCAGGAUUGGGGUCACCAGGUGAGGUGCGCUCCAACCGCUUCAUAGCCACCUCACCAACAGCUCAGCCCAAACGAGCGCUACUAGCUGGCGGUAGGUCUCCGUCAAUCCUCAAGAAACCCAGCAAUUUCAACGCCAACAAAUCGCCGCCGAGUAUACUACGGUUCUCCCGAGGUCGCAAGAUACGCGAAGACCCGACGACGAUAGAAAUGAACUCCAUGGGCGAUCACCUCAACCACGGCUAUUCGUCGCCCAAGAAACAUUCGAAACUGGUCUCUGCUCUCAAGAGCUCCGACUCGAGAAAGCAUAAACGAACUCGGUUCAAGAUGGACGAGCCAGAAGACAUCGGCAACUGCGCAGGCGCAGGAGCUGAAACGUCGGUACCCGUGGGGAACAAAGCUCUGCCAAAGCAGUUGGUCACGUGCGAAGUGCACUUCGAAACCCCUCUCGCCCCAAUCCUAAACGGAGAACUCGAAGCCGAGGAUGAGCUGGACGACGAUGAUGAGGAUGAAGAAGUGACAGAAAGGACUCCACUCAAGAAAAAUGUGAAUUUUGUGGUGGUGGAGAAGGGUCUCGCAAGUAAAUGCAAGUUUAAUCUGAGCUGGGAGGAUACAGACGGAUUACCAUGUACUGACGUAUGACGUUAGUUUGGCUGGA